AUGUUAUUAUUUAAAAAGGUUAAUUCAAAGGUGUUAAGCAUAAACAAUUAUUUGCAGAAAUAUUUAGAGUCUAAUCAGUUUGAAAAAAACCUUAAAGAAGCACUAAACAACAAAAACUAUGGUGUGUCGAAUAGCCUUCUAUACGAUCUUUCCAUCUCAACAUACGAUGCCAAUUAUUAUAAAAGGGUCCUCAGUGAGGUUUUCAAGGCAAUCCAGGAGAAGCCUUCAAAAUGGAGGAGAAUAUACAAAGGAUUAAGACUGUGCGAGUACGUAAUGAAGAACGGGUGUGAGUAUUUCAUCAGUGACGUGAAGGACAAAGAGGAACUCAUCAAGAAGCUUACGCACUUUACCUAUUUAGAAGAUCUAAAGGACAAGGGAGUAUGUAUAAGAGAAAUUUCAAACAAUAUUUUAACCUUGCUAAGGGACAACAAACAUUUGAAGAAUGAAAGAAUAGAAGCUGCGAAAUAUGCAAACAUCUGCACAAAUAUAGAAUCUAAGCCAAUUGAGAAAAAGGGAUUUUUUUCAAGUCGGAAAAAGAAAACAAAAAAUAAAGGAAAAAAAAUUCUGGAGAGUAACAAAAGAAAUUAUAUGGAUACCAGAAAUACAAGAAAUGCACAAGAAAAAAGUAUCUUCGAUCAGAUAGAGGAAGAGAGAAAUAUGCUAAGCAAAUAUGCAGGAAAUAAUUACGACAUGAAUGAUAACGUGCACAGGACUGAUGAUUUAAGAAGAGGUAGUGGACAUAAAUCUGCUAGUGCAUCCUCAUCAGAUUCAGACUCCUCCGAAAAUAGUAGUGAUAGCAGUGGAAGCAGUAGCGGUAGCGGAAGUAGUAGUGGAGGGCGUGAUAGUGAUGGGAGUAAAAGUCGGAGCAGUGGGUACACAUCAGCGCAUAAAUCAAGCAGAAGGAAAUCGGGCAGAGGAAAAAAGCACAGAAAUGCAUCUUCACAGUCUUCAAAAUAUUCUCGCUCAUCUUCUGCAUCUCAUGAUGGUUCUAGAUCUUCAUAUAUUUCUCGUUCCAAGUCAGCUCGUUCGUCGUCGCGCGUGUCAUCACCAAGUUCCUCCCACAACUCCUCCGCCUCAUCCUCUGCGUCGAGGUCGUCGUCGCGAUCGUCUCGCUAUUCCUCCGCGUCAAGUCAAUCUAGUUAUUCUUCGAAGAAGAAAUCUCACGCGCGAGAUAAGAAUCGGAAGAGCAGGGGUUCAAGAAGGAACAAGUCGGGGCGCUCCAGAUGA